AUGGGUUUUGCAUACACUAACAUGGACAAGGCCAAGGAGAUGUUUUAUUUGAUGAUUAGCAAGGAUUGUUAUCCAGAUUUAGUUACUUAUAAUACUCUCAUACAUGGAUUUUGUAAAUCCAAAAGAGUAGAAGAUGGCAUGGAACUCUUUCGUGAAAUGUCCCAAAGAGGAUUGGUUGGGGACACCAUUACUUACACCACUCUUAUCCAAGGUUUUUUCCAAUCUGGGGACUGUGAGAAUGCUCAAGAAAUUUUCAAGCGAAUGGUUUCUAGUGGUGUGCCUCCCAGUAUUUGGACCUACAACAUUUUGUUAGACGGAUUUUGUGAGAAUGGGAAGCUAGAGAAAGCGUUGGUCAUAUUCAAGGAUAUACAAGACAGUGAAAUGGAACUUGAUAUUAUUACAUAUACUAUCGUCAUUGAGGGGAUGUGCAAGGCUGGUAAAGUGGAAGACGCGUGGGAAUUAUUUUGUAGCCUCGACCUCAGAGGAGUGAAGCCUAAUGUUAAAACGUACACUGUUAUGAUCUCAGGAUUCUGUUUGAAACGCUUAAAGCAGGAAGCUGUUGCUUUGUUUGGGAAAAUGAAAGAAGACGGGCCUCUCCCAGAUGACUGUACUUAUAACGUGCUAAUCAGGGCACAUCUUAGGGACGUUGAUAGAGCCGCAUCAGCAGAACUGAUCAAAGAAAUGAGGAGGUGCGGGUUUGCUGGAGAUGCUUUAACAUUUGGCUUAGUAACUAAUAUGUUACAUGAUGGGAGAUUGGACAAAAGCUUCCUCAACAUGCUUUCUUAA